GGUGUGAAGUUGGUCAGCAGUUGUUGUUCUCCGUCUCCGCCCCCUCGGUCUCAGUCAUAUGACACCUGACUCUUGACUCCACUUCCUCAAACUUUAAAGCCAGACUCCGGGAUUCCAGGCACCGCGUGCGGCUCGUUCUCUCUCUCUGCCCGGAGUACGAACCUGAACGGGGCCUUCAUCUGAACGGCAGCGCCGGGGUGAGAGCGUGCGAGCGCAGCAAGGCCCAGAGCAGCACCGCGGAGGCUCCCGUAGCGGCUCGAGGUUCCCCCGGCAGGCAUGAGCGGAGGCAGGGGCGGCGGAGCUGCGGUACACCGGCGGCGGAGUGGAGGACGCGCCGCGGCCGCAACCCUGACGCUGCUGACGGCGUUGCUCACCUGCUGCGUCAGGUGCGCGGAGGGCGUCAAACCGAGCAACAUCGUCCUAGUUCUGGUGGACGACCAGGAUAUUGUGCUGGGGGGGAUGACGCCUAUGAAGAAAACGAAAGAGCUAAUAGGAGAAGCAGGAGCAACUUUUGUGAACGCUUUCACGGUCACGCCGCUGUGCUGCCCCAGCAGGAGCGGCAUCCUGUCGGGUCGGUACCCCCACAACCACGAGGUGCGGAACAACUCCCUGUCCGGGAACUGCUCCAGCGCUCAGUGGCAGAAAGGACCCGAAGCCGAGGCGUUCCCCGUCUACCUCAGCAAGCAGAAAUACCAGACGUUCUUCGGCGGGAAAUACCUGAACCAGUACGGCACCAAAGCCGCCGGAGACGUCGCCCAUGUUCCCCCUGGCUGGGACCAGUGGAACGCCUUGGUGGGGAACUCCCAGUACUACAACUACACUCUGUCUGUGAACGGCAAAGCGGAGCAGCACGGGGACAGCUAUGAGAAGGACUACCUGACCGACCUCAUCCUCAACCGUUCGCUCAGCUUCCUGGAUGACAGGAGCCCCCAGCAUCCCUUUUUCGUCAUGCUGGCGCCGCCGGCGCCUCACUCCCCGUGGACGGCGGCGCCGCAGUACCAGAAGGAGUUCAACAACGUCCAUGCCCCCCGAGACGGCAGCUUCGACAAACCGGGGAAGGACAAACACUGGCUGCUGCGUCAGCCUGUCAACCCCAUGCCAAACAGCUCCCUCACAUUCUUGGAUAAUGCCUACAGGAGGAGGUGGCAGGCGCUGCUGUCUGUGGACGACAUGGUGGAGAAGCUGGUGAAGAAACUGGACAGUAUAAAGGAGCUGAGCAACACCUACAUCUUCUACACCUCAGAUAACGGCUAUCACACAGGUCAGUUCUCUCUGCCCAUCGAUAAGAGGCAGCUGUAUGAGUUUGACAUCAGGAUACCACUGCUGGUCCGUGGCCCUGGCAUCAAACCGAACCAGACGAUAAAGGCUCCGGUGCUGAACAUCGACCUCGCCUCUACCUUCCUUGACAUUUCGGGCGUCAACCUGUCCACCGUCAACGUGGACGGACAGUCUUUCCUCGCUCAGAUGGCCCCGUCGCUGCGGAACGGCACGGUGCGACCGUUCUUCCUCAUCGAAUACACCGGAGAGGGAAACCCAACCAAGGACCCGACCUGCCCGAAGCUUGGCCCCGGAGUGUCUCAAUGUUUCCCGAACUGCGUGUGUGAGGACGCCUUCAACAACACGUACGCCUGUGUGCGGACGCUCAACGGCAAGCAGGACCUGCAGUACUGCGAGUUCGCGGACAACGAGUCUUUUGUAGAAAUUUACAACCUGACUUCAGACCCACACCAGCUGGAGAACAUCGUGAAGAAGGUGGAUCCGUCGAUCCUGCAGGACAUGAACCAGCGGCUCAUGAAGCUGCAGUCCUGCAUGGGGGACAGCUGCCGUAACAUCAAGUAGAGAGGAAGACGACGAGCGUCCUGCCACGGUCAGAGGGAAACACCGAGCACUCUGCUGCUUCCGGACAGGUAGACAGACAUUUUGAUUGGUUUACAGAGGAAAUAAAAGGAGUCCCGGCUGAAGUCCAUUCAUAAUUGCGUCAGUUUCAGGCUCCUGCUGUUGUUCACUUUUGAUAUUCCUGGAUGCCACGGUUCAGAGGAGAAAACUAGUUUUCUUUUAGGUUUGUACUCAGAGCAGAUGGGAAUGGUUCACUCUAAUAGUUCUUAAAAAUCUUUGAGUUUCAGAGUAGCGAAACUCCUGUCGUCUAUAUUCCAUCUCGGAAAACUGGGGGUCAUCCAAUAUGGCCGCCAUGCACAUGAAACACAAACAAGUUGCAGUAUUGACUGGUUUAUUUACCAGACGGUGUUGAGAUAAACCAGUGACACACAUUGUCCUAUUGCUCUUUGUCAACUUAACUCUAAAGUGUCUGAAAGCAUAAAAUGCUAAUAAAUAAAUUGCUGUUGGUGUUUUUGGCUAACAGCAGUUAGCUAGCUCACUUAGCAAAACAACUGGCUAGUUCUUAAGGCAAACAGACCAUUAGCUUAGCAACACCUAGCCUCACUUGGAGCAGCUGAAAUAACAUUAACAAAUCUCUAUUGUUUCGCUGCUCAAAAGCAACAACCUACAUGAUAAAGGAAUGAAUAAACAGUUGUUAGGUUUUACAUUCAGCCACAUAAAAAAAGCUUCAACUAGCAUUUGACAAAUCAAAAUGUCUGCCUCCUUUCUAAGCGGUUGCCUGUUCAUCUCGUCCUUUUUGUCUUUUAAAAAACACUUUUUUUUUUUUAAUCCAUGCUGUGACAUUUUGCAUCAUAUAAAACGCACUAUGAAUGUUCAACUUUCUAAAUGUUUGAUUAAGACAGAAACAUAAGAAGCUGUCAGACAUAACGAUUUGUUUCUGAUGGUGACGUCCAGCCAAAGCCUCCUCCGUUCUGUCGUAACCAUCUUUCUGUUGAGCUAAAUGAGACUUUAGGGUUGUUGUUUUUAUUUUGUUGUUUUUUUUGGGUCUGAUGUCUCCCACUCCAUGCAGCGACCACCAUUAGACAGUUGAUGCAUGUUUGUCACCCAGGUGUAGCGUCACUCUCCAUAUUUAACUCGGUCACAGUAAACUGUAGAACUCAUCUCUGUUUUUAUGCAGAUCUUUUUAUAUCAUUUAUUCUCUGCAGCACUUUGAGGUAAAGAAAUGAAAACAGAGUUUGCCUGGAGUCGGACGCUCAGUCCUGUCUUGUGCCUUGAGAUGUGAAAAAUUGACAUUUUAUACUAAAGUUUGAUAUAAUUUUUUUUUUUUGAUUAUCCAUGUUGUGUUUUGGAGGUGAAGGAUAUUCCCUGUGUUCCUGAAUGUCUUCUCUGAUUUCUGAAUAACUGGAAAGGGAUUUUAAUUUUAUUUUAUUUUUUACCUUUAAUCUUGUGUGCCUUUUUAUUUUUGCACAAAAUAUGUGUAAUUUGCCUUAAAUGUGAAUGGAUUUGCACUGUGAUGAUUAUUGAUUAUUAAAAUAAAGAUAAUUUUACUACGA